ACGUAGACGACAUUAAUAUUAUUAUGGAGGCAAGUACAAGUGCAACGUUGUUAUGGACGGGCGCGGUGGUGGCGCUGGGGUUGGGUUACUGGUUCGUGUGCAUGAUGGGCGCGGCCGAGGUGAAGGGGAAGCGGGCGGCGGAGCUGAAGAUGGGAUCCAUCACCCGUGGCGACGUCCACGCCAGGUACUCCCAGUACUGGUCCUUCUUCCGCCGCCCCAAGGAGCUCUCCGCCUCCGCCACCGCCGCCGCCAACGUCCCCAACAUCAUCAACACCUACUACGACCUCAUUACCGACAUCACCGAGUGGGGCUGGGGCCAGUCCAUCCACUUCUCCCCCGCCGUCCCCGCCCGCUCCCACCGCGACGCCACCCGCCUCCACGAGGAGCGCGUCGCCGACCUCCUCUCCCUCCGGCCCCAGCACCGGGUGCUCGACGUCGGCUGCGGCGUCGGCGGGCCCAUGCGCGCCAUCGCCGCCCGCUCGGGGGCGCACAUCGUCGGCAUCACCAUCAACCAGUACCAGGUCGGCCGCGCCCGUGCUCACAACCGCAAGGCCGGCCUCGAUGGCCGGUGCGAGGUUGUGUGCGGUAACUUUCUGGAGAUGCCGUUCGAGGACGCGUCGUUCGACGCGGCCUACUCCAUUGAGGCGACGUGCCACGCGCCGCACCUCGAGGACGUCUACGGGGAGAUCUUCCGCGCGCUCAAGCCGGGGGGGAUGUAUGUCACCUACGAGUGGGUCACCACACCGCUGUACCGGGCCGACGACGCGGGGCACGUCGAGACCGUCCACGGGAUCGAGAGGGGGAGCGCGCUGCCGGGAAUACGGGCGCAGGAGGACAUCGGCAGGACGGCGAGAAAGGUGGGGUUUGAAGUGGUGGAGGAGCGGGACCUGGCGCUGCCGCCGGCGGGGCCCUGGUGGGUCCGGCUCAAGAUGGGCCGGCUGGCCUACUGGCGGAACCACAUCCUCCUCUCCGUCCUCACCUUCCUCCGCAUCGCCCCCAGGGGCGUCGUCGAGGUCCACGAUAUGCUCUACGAGACCGCAAUCCACCUCACCCGCGGCGGCGAGACCGGUAUCUUCACCCCCAUGCACAUGAUCCUUUGCCGCAAGCCGCUUCUCGCCGCGGCCCGCGAUGGUGCAGGAAAUUAACUGGAAACUAAGGCGAGUCUUAAUAUCUACGAAUAAGAGGGACAAAGAUGAUCACUUUUAAUAUGUUUUUAUAAUGAAGUGAUUAGUUUUUAUAAUGAAGUGAUUAAUUUCGCUGUUUAAUUUCUGAGGUCGUGUAUUAUUACAAAUAAUUAAGAAGAACUUCUCGUAGUUUAUACGUAAUUAAGAUCGUGUUAAGA